AUGUCGGAUUCUGUUUAUGUAUGUAACGUGAAUAAAGACAUGCAGCAAUCGCGGUGUAUAAUUGCCGACAAAGAAGAAUCAUCUGUACCUGGUGAAAGUCAAUCAAUGUUUACGGGUUGCUGUUGUUUGUGCUUUCCGAAAAAAAAAAAAAAUCCGUCCUCAUCGUCGAAACCACCUGAUAAAUCAAACGCCGCCAUGGGAAAUGUUGCAAGAAAUUGCUCAAAUUUAACGGAUAUCCAAACAAGGUAA